AUGCCACGAUCAUUCUUAGUGAAGAAACACGAUGCCGUUCGUUCGUAUCAUAGCUACAAACCACGUGGUUUGGACGCGGACGACGUGCUCGUUCCAGACAGUAUCUACGCUAUAACUCCGUACACGCCCGCCUUCCUGCCGCUGUCGGUGAAACUAAACAACGGUUACAUCCAUGAUGUUGUAAGCCCGACUCUGCCACAGGAGUCGGCUGACAUUCAUUUCCAUGAGCCCAAGUCGGAAGAUGACGUUUCCGAAGAUGGCCAUCAAAAGGAUGUCGAAAAUCAAGUCAUAACGGAUGAGAUUAUCAAGACGUUUCAAAAAAAGUUUCCAAAUAACAACGUCACUAUUGGGUACACGUACGAUGCGUUUUUCGUAAGCGACGGUCGGUCACGCGGCAAACAUUUCGGCGAGAAGUGUACCGACGGAAAGCAACGAUACACGUGCAACGAAUGUGGGAAAGACUACGCCACUUCAAGCAACCUUUCCCGCCACAAACAGACGCACCGGAGCAUGGACAGUAAAUUAGCGAAGAAAUGCAAUUUUUGCGGCAAGGGUUACGUCUCGAUGCCGGCAUUGUCCAUGCACCUUCUGACCCACGAUCUAAAACACAAGUGUCAAAUUUGCGGUAAGGCGUUCAGCCGCCCAUGGCUUCUUCAGGGUCACUUCCGGUCGCACACGGGAGAGAAGCCUUACGGAUGCGCGCACUGUGGGAAGGCAUUUGCGGAUCGCUCCAACCUGCGUGCCCACAUGCAGACGCACUCGGCGUAUAAGAGCUACAAUUGUAAGCGAUGUAACAAGUCAUUUGCCCUGAAGUCGUAUCUGAAUAAACAUUACGAGUCCGCCUGCAUCAAAGAUGACAACGAAUGCAUCGAUGUUGACGGCUCUGCAUCCAUCUGCUCCGACGAUAGCUUUACACAUACACGUAAAAUAGAAUAA